AUGGCUUCCUCCUUCAACAGCAGCCACUGGCCGAGCAUGUUCAGGUCCAAGCACGCCGCCGAGCCGUGGCAGACGCAACCUGACAUCAGCAGCUCGCCGCCGUCCCUCCUCUCAGCUGGCGGCUCCAACACCACCACCACCGCCCGCUGCCUCAAGCACCCCCUCUCAGGUUACUCAGGUGGCGAGGAGCGGACCCCGGAUCCGAAGCCGCGGUGGAACCCCAGGCCGGAGCAGAUCCGGAUUCUGGAGGCCAUCUUCAACUCCGGCAUGAUCAACCCGCCGCGGGACGAGAUCCCCCGCAUCCGCAUGCGCCUGCAGGAGUACGGCCAGGUCGGCGACGCCAACGUCUUCUACUGGUUCCAGAACCGCAAGGCCCGCUCCAAGAACAGGCUGCGCACCACCACCGCGGGCACCGGACGCCUGGGGCUGGGCCUCGCGCGCGCGCCGGGCCGCGGGGCCGCUGCGGCGCCGCCCGUCACGCCGCCGCCGCCUCCGCAGCAGCCCUUGAUCCAGAACCAAUUCCAGCUGCUCGCCUCGCCCGCGCAGGCGCCCACUUCCUCGUCCUCGUCCUCGUCCGACCGCUCCUCCGGGUCCAGCAAGCCGGCUGCGAAGCCGGCGGCGCAGGCGAUGUCCACGACGGCGGCGGCCAUGGACUUGCUAGGGCCGCUCGCCGCGGCGUGUCCCCAUCAGAUGUACUACCAAGGCCACCCCGUGGCGCCGGCCUCGGCGCCAGCGCACAAGGUGCUGGACCUCGUAGCCUCCGAUGAGCCCGUCUUCCAGCCGCUGCCGCUGGGCGGCUACUGCUUGUCGGCUGCCGAGGUCGCUGCCAUUCUCGGGGCCGGGGGCCAGUACAUGCACGUGCCCGUGCAACAGGAGCCACCGGCGGCGUUGCCUGCGGGAGCGUUCUUGGGGCUGUGCCACGAGGUGACAGAGCCGACCGUCACUGGUCACAGGACAUGCGCCUGGAGCCCGGCGGGGCUCGGGCAGUUCUGGCUCGGGGGCGGCGCUGAUUACCAUCAGCUGGGCAAGAACAAUAGCACCACCGCGGCGACCAACACAGUGGCAAGGGAGGUGGCGCACGAGGACGCCACGAAGCUGGGGUUGCUGCAGUACGCCUUCGGAGCUAGCACGGCCAUGGAGGCGGCUCCCUCGGCGGCGCCUCUUGCUGCAUCGCCGGCGGGCGCCGCUGUUACCGUGGCGAGCGUGGCUGCCACUACCGCUGCGCUCACAGGUUUGCCUGCAAUUACUAAUGGUGUCGUCGCCAACUAUGAUCUGUUGCAAGAGACUGUCAGUGUGUCGCAUCACAUUAACAUGAUUAGGAGGUCAUUUCUCUCGUAUAGUACUACUAUAGUGGGUCUCUCUUUCAGGAAACAAAAGCCGUUCAUGAUGGAAUGCUUCAAAGGACUGGCAGUGCCCGGAGCCGGGGCCGGGGCUGUCGGUGUCAGCACCGGCGGUGCACCUGCCGUUGCCACGGCCGCGGCGCAGGAGGGCGUCGUGGCGCUGUGCAUCAUGGACACCGUCACGGGCAAGAGCGUGGCGCACAACGUCGCGGCUGCGAGGCUCGACGUCAGGGCGCAAUUCGGCGAGGCGGCCGUGCUGCUCCGCGGCGUCGGCGAGCGCGGCCUCGACCUCGAGCCCGUCCCCGUCGAUGCGUCGGGCUGCACGGUGGAGCCGCUCCAGCACGAUGCCUUCUACUACGUCCUGGUAUAA